AUGGCGUCUGCGGCUUCGUGCGCUUCGCGUCCCAGCCCAGACGACCUCCCUGGAGACCCCUCCUCGGUAGAAGAAGACGAGGACUGCGAGUCUGAAGAGCGGUACAGCGCCUCGGGCUCGUGUUCCUCGGCGGGCGGCGAUUCUGAUGACCUUGAGCCUGAGUGGCUGGACAGCGUGCAGAGCAAUGGAGAGCUGUUUUAUCUGGAGCUGAGUGAGGACGAAGAAGAGAGCCUCCUUCCCGAGACUCCACCCGUGAACCACGUCCGGUUCAGUGAAAACGAGAUCAUCAUCGAAGAGGAUGAUGGCAAGGAAGGAAAAAAGUAUGGACCCAAACUCCAGCGGUUCACCAGGAUUUUAAAAAGCAGGAGACUCUUACCCAAGCGCUACAAUAAGAAAAGGAGCAGUGACAACGGGCCAGUGUCCAUCCUCAAGCAUCAGUCCCGCCAGAAGACAGGCAUCAUCGUGCAGCAGCAGUACAAAGACGUGACUGUGUACGUGAACCCCAAGAAGCUAACAGUCUUCAAAGCCAAGGAGCAGCUCAGGCUCCUGGAAGUCCUGGUUGGGAUCAUCCAUCAGACCAAGUGGAGCUGGAGAAGAGCCGGCAAGCAGGGCGAUGGGGAGAGGCUUGUUGUCCACGGCCUGCUGCCAGGAGGCUCUGCCAUGAAGAGCGGGCAGGUGCUGAUCGGUGACAUCCUUGUUGCUGUGAAUGAUGUUGAAGUAACCUCGGAAAACAUAGAGAGAGUUCUGUCUUGCAUUCCUGGACCUAUGCAGAACCAGCUUCCCCAAACAAAGUGUCAGCCUGUGGACCGCCUGUGUCACCAGCGGGCCACCAUGUCUCUUCUGUCUUUGAAAAACGAAAAG